CACCAAUAAUAACCAGAGCGAGAGGGACGGUGGAGAGAGAAAAGAGGAGGGCUUAGAGGUGGGAUUUGGGAGGGGCGAGCGAUGAACGUGAAGCAGGACCUGGAGCAGCAGCAGCAGCGGCAGCACAGCGACCACAGCUCCGACCAGCACCCCCAGCGCCGCCCUCGGGGGUUCGCGGCGGCGGCGGCGGCGGGUGGGUCGGGGAAGUGUCGGAAGGAGCGGGAGAAGGAGAAGGAGCGGACGAAGCUCCGGGAGCGGCACCGGCGGUCCAUCACCAGCCGCAUGCUCGCCGGCCUCCGCCAGUACGGCCACUUCCUCCUCCCCGCCCGCGCCGACAUGAACGACGUCCUCGCCGCCCUCGCCCGCGAGGCCGGCUGGACCGUCGAUCCCGACGGCACCACCUACCGCCCCUCCCCGGUCGCCGUCGCGGCCCCGCCCCCUCAGCCACCGCCUCCGCCCCCUACUCCACUGGCACCAUUUCCUGUUAGGUCAAUUGAAAGCCCCCUCUCCACCAUUUCUUUGAAGAACAGUUCCAUAAAAGCAACAUUAGACUCUCAGGCAUCUCUUCUCCGGAUUGAUGAGAAUUUAUCCCCGGCAUCUCUAGAUUCAGUUGUUGCAGAAGGAUCUUCAAAAAGUGAGAAAUAUAUAAAUGCCAGCCCAAACAACUCACCAGAACGCAUGGAAGCUGAUCAGUUGAUGCGAGACCCUGCAGAGCAUGAUGGUGAUUUUGUUGGAACUCCAUAUAUUCCAGUUUAUGUGAUGCUUCCUACUAGCAUUAUCAACAGUUACUGCCAACUGGUGGACCCAGAAGCUACACGACAAGAACUAAGGCAUCUGAAGUCUUUAAAUGUUGAUGGAGUGGUUGUAGAUUGUUGGUGGGGAAUUGUGGAAGGCUGGAGUCCACAAAAAUACGAAUGGUCUGGUUAUGGUGACCUGUUUAAUAUCAUUCGAGAGUUUAACCUGAAGUUGCAGGUUGUAAUGGCAUUUCAUGAGUGUGGAGGAAAUGGAUCUGGUGAAAUAUUAAUUUCCCUUCCGAAGUGGGUUCUAGAGAUUGGAAAAGAUAAUCAGGAUAUAUUUUUCACAGAUCGUGAAGGGAGGAGAAACACAGAAUGUCUUUCUUGGGGUAUUGACAAGGAACGCAUAUUAAGAGGAAGAACUGGAAUUGAGGUUUGCUUUGACUUCAUGAGAAGCUUCCGUAUGGAAUUCAAUAACUUAUUUGAAGAGGGUCUCAUUACUGCUGUUGAAAUUGGACUAGGUACUUCAGGGGAGUUGAAAUACCCAUCACAUCCAGAAAGAAUGGGAUGGAGGUACCCUGGUAUCGGUGAGUUUCAGUGCUAUGACAAGUACAUGCAGCAGAAUCUGCGACGAGCAGCAAAGUUGCGUGGACAUACAUUCUGGGCCAGGGGGCCUGAUAAUGCUGGCCAUUAUAAUUCAAGGCCACAUGAAACUGGAUUCUUCUGUGAUAGAGGUGAUUACGACAGCUACUAUGGACGUUUUUUCCUUCAUUGGUAUGCACAAACCCUAAUUGACCAUGCAGAUCAAGUAUUAUCGCUUGCAAACCUUGCAUUUGAAGGGACACAAAUAGUUGUGAAGAUUCCAGCAGUAUACUGGUGGUACAAGACUGCCAGCCAUGCUGCGGAGCUUACAGCAGGAUUCUAUAAUCCUACAAACCAAGAUGGCUAUUCUCCGAUUUUUGACAUGCUGAAGAAACAUUCUGUUACUAUGAAAUUUGUCUGCUGUGGGACACAGGCCUUGGCUCAUGAAAAUGAUGAAGCAUUGGCUGACUCAGAAGGUUUAAGCUGGCAGGCGCUGAAUUCUGCCUGGGACCGUGGUGUAACAGUAGCUGCUCAGAGCAUUCUUCCAUGUCACGAUAGAGAGACAUAUAUCAGAAUCAUAGAAAAUGCAAAACCAAGAAAUGAUCCCGACCGUCGCCACCUCUCUUUCUUCACAUACCAACAGCUGGCUCCUGUGUUCAUGCAAAGAGAAAUGUGCUUCUCAGAACUGGACAAUUUCAUCAAAUGCAUGCAUGGGGAAGUUACUAGUGAUGUCCAAACUUAAUUGCCAUGCUGCAAUAUUUCAGACUAUCCACAGUUAAAGGAGAUGGAAGGAAACAUAACUGCCAAUACAGUGACAGCUGACAGCACCUGUAGAUGUGCGAUCCUUAAUAUUGGUUGGUUGGCCUGAGAACCUUGUAGUUUAAGCAACCCAAGUAUUUAUUGAUGCUUGAUUAUGUUCCCCACUUUACCGGCCAAAUAUUCUGUCAUGAUUGAUCCUUAUCUUUGAGGAUGCUUAACCAUGGAAUUCUGUACCUUCAAUUUACUAAUCUAUACUACCAAAAGGAAAUUUAAAUUUUCUUUUCCCUGUU